AUGGCCGCUGUUCGCUUCCUUUUCUUCCUCAUUCUCUCUCUCUCCCUCUCUCUCUCUCCCUCUCUCUCCCUCUCAGAAUCCGAAGCUCUCCUAAAACUCAAACAAUCCUUCACCAACUCCCAACCCCUCUCCUCUUGGCUCCCAAACCAGAACCCUUGCACUUCCAAGUGGGUCGGCGUUAUCUGCUUCAACAACAUCAUCACCAGCCUCCAUCUUGCCGACUUGGGCCUCUCUGGCACCAUUGACAUUGACUCUAUCCUAGAGAUCCGCACCCUUCGAUCCAUUAGCUUCGUCAACAACUCCUUCACUGGCCCAAUUCCCAGCUUCAACAAACUCGGAACUCUCAAGGCUCUUUACCUAACUCAUAACCAGUUCUCUGGACCCAUUCCUUCUGAUUUCUUUUCCCAUCUAGCUUCUUUGAAGAAAGUAUGGAUCUCCGACAACAAAUUCUCCGGCAACAUACCCGACUCGUUAACCACGCUUCGUUUUCUCGUCGAGUUGCACCUCGAGAACAACGAGUUCUCUGGCCCAAUCCCCCCACUCACGCAGGAUAUCAAAUCCUUGGACAUGUCGAACAACAAGUUAGAAGGGGAGAUUCCUAGUACCAUGUCGAGGUUCGACGCGAAUUCGUUCUCCGGCAACGAUGGGCUCUGCGGAAAGCCUCUGGAUGAAGAGUGUGGCGCCGCGGAAAGCCCUGAAGGUGGACAAGGGUCGGGUUGGGGAAUGAAGGUGAUUAUAAUUCUCAUUAUUGCCGCCGUUUUGGCGGCGGUUUUCAUGGUGGCGAAGGCGAAGCGUGGACACGAGGAUGAUUUCAGCGUGACGAGUAGGGGGAACGCGGAUGAGGUGGUGCAGGUGCACGUGCCGAGUUCCAACCACAGCAGGGCUUCAGAAGGAAGCAAAAAGGAAUCGAAGAAAGGGUCGUCUCGUAGCGGGAUGGGUGACCUUGUUAUGGUGAAUGAUGAGAAGGGUGUGUUUGGGUUACCCGAUUUGAUGAAAGCUGCUGCUGAGGUUUUAGGAAAUGGUGGGUUAGGUUCGGCUUAUAAAGCUGCCAUGGCUAAUGGGUUGUCUGUGGUGGUUAAGCGUAUGCGCGAGAUGAAUAAAGUAAGCAGAGAUAUCUUUGAUGCUGAGAUGAGACGCUUUGGGAGACUCAGAAACAGUAACAUUAUGACGCCUUUGGCCUACCAUUACCGAAGGGAGGAGAAGUUGUUUGUCACCGAAUACAUGCCCAAAGGAAGCUUGUUAUAUGUCUUGCAUGGUGAUAGAGGAAUGAGUCAUGCAGACCUGAGCUGGCCCAUCCGUUUGAACAUUGUGAAGGGAAUUGCACGAGGGUUGGGCUUUCUAUAUUCUGAAUUUUCUACCGAAGACUUGCCACAUGGAAACCUUAAAUCCAGCAAUGUUCUACUAGCUGACAAUUACGAGCCACUCCUAAGCGACUUUGCCUUUCAUGCACUCAUCAACCCAAACUACGCCAUGCAAACAAUGUUUGCCUACAAAACUCCUGAUUACGUAAUUUACCAGAAAAUAUCACAGAAAACGGACGUUUACUGCCUUGGAAUCAUCAUUCUGGAAAUCAUCACUGGAAAAUUCCCUUCUCAGUAUCACAGUAAUGGCAAGGGUGGGACCGAUGUAGUGCAAUGGGUCUUCACUGCAAUUUCUGAGAGAAGAGAAGCAGAGUUAAUUGAUCCAGAGUUAACAAGCAAUCACUCAAACUCAACCAAUCAAAUGCUGCUACUUCUCCAAGUUGGGGCUGCUUGCACGGAGAGCAACCCCGAACAACGACUUACCAUGAAAGAAGCCAUUAGGAGGAUAGAGGACGUUCAGGUAUAA